AAAAAAAGAACAAAAUGAUUUACAAGAUGACAUGAAAGUUAGACUAGUUUGGACAGUCAUCCAUUUUAUGUUCUUUCCUCAUCUCACAUCAAUUACUUUCUUUUGUUUUCCAGAAUCACAAAAUUCUCCUAGAAAUUCACUCCAUAUCCUUCAACACAGAUCCAAAACAGAAUACCAAAUUCAAUACCCAUCUUCACCCUCUUUCUACACUAUUCUACUUUAUCGACUCAAAUUCACUCCGAUUUUUGUCGCUAUUUUACCUCUUUUCUUCUCACUCCACAAUCCUCACUGUGCUUCGAUUCUAGUAAUCUUGAUCUUAUUUUCAUCGAUCAAAAAUCCAAAUCGCUUUUUAUCUCUCCUUUUGUUUGGGCUUUUGAUUAUCGCGGAAUCGGGAUUACUAUAG